AUGACAGAUGCGGAAGUUCAUAUGUCUGGGGGGUACACAACGCCUGCGGGUGCUAGAGCGGUUGUUAGUGACGGUGCUGCUGCCGCUCCUUCUCCUGCUCCUGCCUCCUCUGCUUUGGGGGCCCCUUCUGCAGCUUCUUUAUGUCUUACGUUCCCUCGAGCGUCUGCCGCAGGCAGUGCACCAGCAACAGCGGAGGAGGGGUUUGCCUGCGCGGAUGUGGAUGCGGCUGUGAACAAAGGGCCUUUCAGUGGCGUGCUUGCCCAGCAGCAGCAGCCCAGGCUUUCCUUGACUCUAGAUGACUCGACGAUUUAUGCGUUAAGCAGCAGAGGAAACUGCCCUUCUGCGGCUGCUGCUGCCGCUCAGGGAGCAUCUGCUGUCGCUGUCUGGAGGCUCAGCGGACCGCUUUCAGCCUUCAUGCUGCAGCUGCUACAGGUUCGUCCGCGGCAGCUGCAGGAGAUGCUCCAGCACAUGAGACAUUGCAUGCGUUGCGGCGCGUACAGGGAUCCAUGCCCCGUGCAUUUUCCAGCCGUUGCGAGCAGCGGCAACGGCAGUGGGAAGAGCAGCAAUUGCUGCUGUGCUUCGCUGCAGCUGCCGUCUAUUCCGCCGCCUGGGCAGGUGCGAGUUGCCGCUAUCUCAGACUUCUUCAGAGGGGGAGUCCUCUUCGAUGAGGCUCUUCUGCUCUUUUUCAGAGGCCCCAAGUCAGCAACUGGCGAAGAUGUGGCGGAGGUUCACUCACACGGCGGACGGGGAACGAUCGAGGCUCUCUACGACUUCUUUGCUGAGUCGCAGCGACGCGCGGGGGGCCUUAGAGGGGCAGGGGGCCCCGGGGCCCCCAGCGAGGGGCUUUGUUCACUAAAAGAUCUUUACAAGGACCUCCUAUCGGCAGACGACAGUCGCCUUCCCCUAGAAUCAGAAGAACUGCUCCUGCAGCAGCAAGAGACGCUGCAAACGCGGCCGGAGGUGUGCUGUUGCGAAGAACGGCUUUUCCAGCUUCUCUUGAGGAGAUUCCUUGCGCAGCAACAAUUGCAGCAGCAGCAGCAGCAACAGCAGCAACAAUUGCAGCAGCAACAACAGCAGCAGCAACAACAGCAGCAGUGCGCAGCGUCGAAAACUGCUGCGGCAUCCACAGGUACCUGCGUGUGCAGGAGCACAGCAGGGGGUCUGGGAGGUUCCCACGGGGCCUCCUUUUUUCGGUUGGCGUAUCCAGGAGAAUUCGCUUUGCGGUCUUUCUUAAACGGAAAGAAGACGCUGCAUCAGCUGCACGCUCUAGGGGCCUUGCUUAAUGCUCGGGGUCCUCGGCAGCUGGAAAGCGCGUUCCGACGGCUUCGGGGUAGAGAUGCAGCAGGAGAGAGGGCGCGUUGUCUAAGAACGUGGCGUGCGUCGCUCGUAGAUGCUCUGGGGGCGCUCGAGGCCGCCUUGGCCAUAGGAGAUGACCAGCAGCAAACUGCGGCAGCUGCGGCUACAGAAGCAGCCGCAGCAGCAGAGCCUGCCGUGUUUCAAGUGCUGAGCGAGCUGCGCAAGGAACUGCACAAAUUGGAGGCGCGUCGAGAAGUGGAAGAGGGGCAUCGACUGCUUCUUCUUGGGGCCCCCAAUGCUGGCAAAAGCAGCCUGUACAACCGGCUGGUGGGCUCCGAUGCCGCAAUCGUCUCUUGCGCUGCGGGGACGACACGAGAUGUUCUCAGCAGUACGCUGUGCUGCAGCCGAGGCGGAAGGGAAACGGUCCGCCUGGUGCUCUCCGACUGCGCAGGACUGAGACGUGCUGGCCGUGCUACACAUGCGCAUGCGAAGUCGCCUCCUAGUGGUGCUGCUGAUGACAGGAUCUGCACUAUUGAGGCCGAGGGGAUGCGCCGCACCGUUGCCGCAGCGAGAGACAGCGACUUCCUUCUGCUAGUUUUGGAAGCCCCUAGACGGCAGCAGCAGUCGCAGCAGCAGUCGCAGCAGCAUCAGGACGCGCUGCUGAUGCACCUGCGGCAGCAGCUGCUGCAGUUGGGGGAGGCUCUGAGAGACAUUCUAGGCAGCAGACCAGAAGGCGCAAAGAAGCCUCGCGUAUUUCUUGUCGUGAAUAAAAUGGACUUGCUCCAGGAGCUGCAAAUUAGUGGGGGCGGCGGGGACGGCAAAAAGAACAACAGCACCGACAGCAGGGGAAGCUGCAACAGGUCCAUCCCUGCAACAACACCCCACCCCUCGCAGCAAGAGGCGGGAGAGCAACUGGGAGCAGCACCGGCUUUGCUGGCACAACUGGACGAGAGUCUGGAGCGCCUGCUCCCUGCCGAGGUGCUGCCUCUUCUGGUGCCUCUGGGCUUUAAUAUCCAGCGACUGAUGCAGUGGAUACACAGAAGCAGCACCAGCAACAACAAUGCCACCACUGGGGAUAGCGGCCGCAACAACACCAUCAUCAGUAACAGCCUUAGCGACAGCGGCGAUGAGGCUUUGUUUUGUCUAGAAAGGCAGCGCGCCCUACUCAGUGAGUUGGUGGAGGUUCUGGAACACUUCUUUGGGAUUGAUGCAUUGGAAGAAAAGAUACAAGAUCUCAGUUUCGCCAUGCGGCUGCUCGGGGAACUCACGGGCAUAGAGUGGCGGCCUGAGGAGGCCGUCGAGGUUAUUCAAAACAACUUCUGUCUUGGCAAGUAG